AUCACGUUCACGUAGUUGAUUCCUCGCACCUGCUUUGGUCAAGGCACAUGUUGGUAAAAAAAAAAAAGUAUCGACAGAGAUUGAUUAGCUGUCAUUAGCUUUAACUUUGCUUGAUACAUUGAACAACAAGCAUAGCAAUUGUUGUUUAGAAAGAUGACCAUGGACGACUUUCAAUUCAUGGAUAGCUUCAAGAGAAAACGCAUCAAAUUGACCCUCAAGACUGCUACUUUCCUUGGAAUUGUUCAGCGGAUAAACACCAAUAAAACUGUGAUUUUAGAGGACGUUGUGGAUGUCAAGAAUGGAAGGAAAUUCCCUGGAGUGAAACUAUUCUUUGGACAUGAAAUUCUGAAUGUGGAAUUCCCAAAUGUAACAAAGACUGACCGAGAUAACACCAGUGACCACAGACCUGAAGGUCACCUGACAGUGGCAGAGUUCCAGCCUUACAGGAAGGGUCUCAUACUGAAUGACGAUGAUGAGAGCCAUGUCAACUUUGUGGUCAUUGAUGAGUUCCAUGAGAAGUUUGGUCCUGCUAUGAUGCACAUCCGGAAGCAGCAGGUGAUCGGGAUAGGAGCUGACGGAGUCGGGACGUUCCAGCACGAGAGACUCUGUUGGCUGCAGAUUGCCACUAAGAACAAAGUGUACCUCUUUGACAUCCUGUUGCUUGGAGCCCGGGCCUUUAAGAACGGCCUGUCCAUGAUCCUAGAAAAUAACCACAUAUUAAAGGUCACUCAUGACUGCCGGAGCCUCGCCGGAUGUCUGAUGGCUCAGUUUGGCGUAAAUCUCACCAACGUCUUUGACACGCAGGUGGCAGAUAUCCUGUGCUUCUACACAGCGACCGGUGGCUUCCUGCCAGACAGGGUCAGUCCCCUACCGAAGGUGGUGAGCCUACAUUUGAAGAUGUCCUCGUCACAACUCUCCUCUCUCAACAUCAAGUCUCUGCUCACCAAGGAGGACAAAGAGGUGUGGUACGUGCGUCCCUGCCCUUUGUCCCUGCUGAAGGUCAUGGCCCUGUCGGUGAUCCACCUGCAGCCUCUGAGACUGGUGCUGCUGGAUGCCCUCAUGGCUGACUACACAGGCCUGGUGGACUCCUACCUCAGCGGCAGCCGAGAGGAACCUGUCCACAUGCAGAACAUCGGCUCGAGCAGUGUUCUUGAGCUGCCCAGCGAGCUGCGGGAGUUGGAGCACACGCGUCAGAAGCGCCAGAAGUGGGCCGUCGACCGCUACCCUGUCACUAAGCAGGGCCUGCUGGAGCGCUCCAACCCCAGACCCCUACCCCCAUCACAGAAUGGGCAGGGCAAGGACACAGCCACCCAAAGACAACCAGACCCUCCUGUCCCCACAGAAGUGGUGCCUGUAGUCCCAGCACCAGGACAGCGCCCAGCAGAGAAACCCCGUCCCAGCAAUACCCUGGGGGCCUCCGACCCCGACGCUAUGACCAGUGCCCUGACACAAGAGGCCCAGCAGAGCUACAGGAAACAGCCGUCUGGAGUCGUCAGCCCAGUGGCUCCAUCAGGAGCAACAGGACUCUUGGAGAUAGUGAUGGACACAAUGGCAGGCAGAGGGAGGUCCCUGUUGAAAGACCCAACGCCACCCAUUCUCCCUGUGUUCCCCUACCUGGGAAGAGGCCUGGCUCUCCCGAUACCAGCAGCCCAGGUCCCCAAGGAGAGCCCCGGAGCCCUGAAGACCCAGGCCCCAGUGGGGAGGGUGGAGGUGCCUGUCCCCCCAGGCCCAAUACCCAGCCCAAUACAGCCAUCUGAAAACAUCCCUGGUGCUGGGAGAGGCCUCAUACAGAAACCCCAAGGUCUCACCUCUCCUCUCAGUCUCUCCUUCAGUUCAUUUAGAAAGAGAUGAUGAUUAGGAUUCAUCUCAAUCACCACCUAUGAUUGGGAUUGGUUGGUUCAAAAUUUACUUUUGUACAUUUUUAUUCUAUGACGACCACUAGGUGGCGGUAAAUUGUCAAUUCUGUUUGCAAUAUAAAUUGCACCAAUGUUUGGGGGUGAAACUAUAUUGUUGUACUGCUUUUCUAUUUCAAAUGUACAAUACGUACAAUAUCAAAUCAUAAUUGGAUGAGUGAUAUUUAGAAUUGUGUCCCAUGAUAUCUGGUUAACCUGUACAUUUGUUUAUUUAAGCUUCUAUUUUUAAAUUUACUUAAAUUGCUGUUCAGCACUUGUUCCUUUACAAAGUUAAAUUAACACCAGUUCAAUACUCUGAUUUAUUGUGAUUCUGUCUUUCUCUCUUUCUGGCCUGAUUUGUGUGAGUAAUGGUACAUUCUGAAUCUGUGUUAAGUGCAGUCAUUUCACUUGGUAAUGAGGAUAUGCUGUUAAUGAAAGAAAAACAUUGUUUCUGGAAGGUUGCUUUGAUUACAGAUGACUGCAAAACCAUUAAAGCUGGCACAGAAUGAA